AUGCAUAUCCCUCCGGGAAUCGACCAGGGGACAAAACUGCGCUUUAUCUUUUUGAUCGUGAAAAGUUUUGCUGGACUGGCCUUACUUCUGGAUAAACUGGGCAUCUGCCCUGAAUAUGUGAUGUUUAGGCUUCUUAUGAAAGGAACGCCCGCAGGGAGGCCGUCUGACUUGAUCAUCAAGGAUAUGCUUUUUGAUGGAGUGUCAGUAAGGGUUUAUUGGCCCAAAACACCAAGUCCUGAGAAGAGGCGAGCAGUUGUCUGGAUCUACGGAGGGAUAGGCAUGUUUGGGAAUGUCGAAAGCCAUGAAAAGCUGUCCCAUUUCCUUGUCCGGAAAAGUGACACUGUGGUCGUAUGCGUCAGAUAUCCCUUGGCACCAGAGCACCCCUAUCCAGCUCAACAACGCAGCUGCUACACGGCCGUAGCGCACUUUUUGAAGAAUGCGCAGGACUACGGGGUGGACCCUAAGCGGAUUGUGUUAGCCGGCGACAGCAGCGGAGGCACAAUUGCUGCCAGCAUUGCUCAGCAACUUGUGACAACGAAGGACCUGCCGCAGCUCCGGGGACACAUCCUACUCUACCCUUUCCUCCAAUGUCUGGAUUUUAAUUUACCUUCUUACCAGCAAAAUCGCUCCGUUCCCCUCUUAACCAAGGAACUAGCCAUUCGGCAUGGCACAGUUUAUAUCUCAGGAAGGAGGGACAGAGCCAAUGAGAUUAUGGCCAAUGCCCACGUUCCCCAGGAAUUCAUGAGAAAGUAUCAGAACUGGAUCAAUGUAGAACUCAUUCCGGAAGAAUUUAAAAGCCGGGGUUACGUGCCAUUUGUACCUGGUCGGGUUUCAGAAGAACUUUUCACAAAAUGCCAAAUGAUUUUCGAACCCACAUUUUCCCCACUCUUGGCGGAAGAUGCCAUCAUCCAGAAAUUUCCAGAGACUUUCCUUUUAACCUGCGAAUACGACAUUUUCCGAGACGAUGGCUUGCUCUACAAGAAGAGGCUGGAAGACAACGGUGUGCCUGUCACCUGGGUUCAUCUCAAGGAGGGAUUCCACGGGAUCAGCAUGAUGAUAGGUAUGGGGCUACUGGAGUUCCCAGGUACGAGGAAGAGUCUCAACAGCGUGAUCCAGUUUCUACAACGGUUCUAG